GACGCGUUGGAGAAGGCAGGCGAGUGCAAGGUGGUGACACGCGUGUCACGCGCGAGGCGAGUUGGAGAGGGCGAGGGCAGGGAAGGACGGACGGGCGGACGGCGAACGUGCGCGCGCGGCCGCGCACAACAACGCGUACUCGUGUACUCGCGACACAUACCGUCGCGUAGCCGAGGUGUUUAUUGCUCGGCGCGGACCCGAGUGUGCUUCUCGUGCCAGGGAGGCGGUGGUGUUGGUGUGUGUAUGUGUGUGUUUGUGUCUCGUCGGCGCCUGGAUCUCCGCUCGUGCUCGCCGAGGCGGCGCGAGAGACCGCGAGAGACCCGGCCUCUGGCACUCGGCAAGCGCGCAUCAUCUCUCUCGCUUUUUGUCAUCCGCCCUCUCCUCGCUCUGUCUCCUACCCUCCUCGCGGAGAACGCGCGCUGAUAGUCCGAGGAGCGUCGUCGAGUAUCGUUACGGCGGAGAAGAAGCAAGAAAAUGGCCGACAAUUGGGUGCAGAACAUUGUUUGCCGGUACUUUAAGACUGGUACUUGCCGCGAGGGGAACAACUGCCGGUUUCGGCACGUACAGGGGAAUAGUAACGAUGCAAGUAUCAACGAGGCAACGUCGACCCAUAACUCGCCUUAUAUUGUCACUUGUCGCUUCUUCAAACAGGGCAUGUGUAAGUUUGGUGGCCAGUGCCGUUUUCGCCACAGCACAAGUAACGCAGACAGCGGUGCCGCGCAAACGAACGCAACGGAAAACUCGGCCUCCGUUCAGCACACGGCGAACUCUUCGAGAAAUAAAAAAAUUGACAAGCGCGUCGCUGAGGAGUGGGUCAAGGCACCCGAGUUCAUACCUACUCCGGUCGCGGGAUCAUCCUCUAUAGACGGAAUGUCGUCCACCUCGGGAACGUCCUCGGGCACGUCGAUGUCGGUCUCGUACGCCCAAGCUGUCAAUCCAUCUGGUCAAGCUUCGAGCCCUGCCUUAGAACCCCUCUGUCCGUACGCGGAAGCAACUGGGAUCUGUAGAAAUACAAACUGCACAUAUCUGCACGGCGACAUUUGCGAGCUGUGUAGCCGCGCGGCCCUCCACCCACACAAUGAAGAAUUGAGGAAAAAGCAUACAAACGCAUGCGUGAAGCAACACGAAGCAGACAUGGAAUUAUCCUUCGCCAUUCAACGCAGCAAAGAGAAAUCUUGCGGCAUUUGCUUCGAGACAAUAAUGGAAAAGUCCUCGCGGGAACAGAGAUUCGGCAUACUGCCGAACUGCAAUCACUGCUUCUGCCUAACUUGCAUCAGAAAAUGGCGCCAGGCCAAACAGUUUGACAACAAAAUCAUAAGGGCAUGCCCGGAGUGUCGUAUUCCCUCAGACUUUGUUUGUCCUAGCAUGUACUGGGUGGACACGAAGGAGGAGAAGGAGAAGUUGAUAAGAGAUUACAAAGGCGCUUUGAGUACCAAGGAUUGCAAGUACUUCAACAAGGGCCGCGGCAAGUGUCCGUUCGGUAACAAAUGUUUUUACCUUCACGCACUUCCGGACGGGACUAAGAAAGAUGUGGGCCCACCGGUUCGGCAGAGGCGCAACACCACCGACACCGAUAUCGACAUCCUGCACCGCAUGCUGUGGCUCCUGAUGCUCUGGGUAACGGGCGUCCUGGCGUUCUUGCGGUACGCAUGGACCCGCGUGACCGGAUUAUUUAUCCACGGCUUCCGAGGGAGAGAGGAUGACGACUACGACUCCGACGGUCGACGAACCUAAUUACGAGCGAAGAUCAACGGCGGACGCAGGGCGGACGGACACGCGCGCUCGAUCGGCGUCAAGUUGCCGCCGAGGCGCGCCGCGGCGUUCCUAAAUCGCGCAAAAUCCGCUCGCUCUCCCUCGCGAGGAUUUUACUCUGUUCACGAAUAAUGACGAAUCUCGACGAUAUACCGGGACGAAGUGCGCUCAUUUAACGCGGCUGCACGCGCAUCUGCGGCGAUUAAGUAAAUACAAAUGUUUGCCGUGACGCGCGAAUUGCCGAAUCGCAAUCGGACGACGCGACGGCCGCCAUUGCGUCGCCGCGGCCAGUUAACGCCGAUCGUCAGCGCCGUUUUCUUUUUUCCCCCGUGACGUUUUCCUCGCCACGGGCGACCUGUCUGUCGUGGCUGAAAAACGGCUGCGGCGUCGGCUACCGCGUCGGAUUACCCCGCGUAGCUGCGUGUUUUCCGGCAUUCGAAAUGUGGGAGAUAUCGCGAUCGCCGACGAGACGUUAAUUAAAGACCCGUCUCUCAUUGGCGCUACACGGGCGACUAUCGAUAUUCGAAUGAUUGGCCCGUGAUUGGGGGGGGGGUAAUUUUACGAUUCAUCAUUAUUUCGAUGCUCCGUGGAUAAACCGUACGGCAGGACGCAAGAUUAUUCUGCGUUUAUUCGGGGCUCCGCGCAUUUCACAGCUCUCAUCCAUGGCCGAGCAUCCAUGCGAGUGAAAACUGUGAAAACAAUACGCGGGACACGGGGAUACGCGGGCAACAUUUUCGCGCCCGUGCAACGCUCUCCGCCUAUCUGCGAAACAUCCGGAUAAUCAUAAAUCACCGCGAUUAGCGGCAUUAUGGUCAUUAAUACUGCAUUGUGGGUUCAUCAUUUGGAUAUUUAUGUCAGAUUCGUUUCAAGCAAUCCGCGAUGUCUGUUAUCUGCUACAUUUGCCGCUCCCGGGUGGAGCGAUUAAUUGAUUUUAUAGAAAAAAAAAACAAACAAAUUUAAUUAAUUAGGGAAAUGUACGUAGAUCGUUAAUAAUGGCUCGUCGGCGAUCUAGGCCUCGCGUACACGUCGACACCGGACGUUAUUGGCGGCGGAAAGUAACGCGGCAACUCGCGGAUAUUCCGUUUCGAUCGCGCGAGUUUCAAACGGGUAGGUUUCCGAACGCCGGGUGCGCGCGCAACCGGCCGGCCAUAUUGCGCCGCGAGUCCCCGGGCGGCGGAUCGUCGGUCGCGCGGUCGCUCCACGAUUUUACCCGCAAUUAGGAGGACGCGGGUCGCGCGAGGCCCGGGACUAUCGUGAGUAUUGCUCGCGCGUGCAAUUCUUCUCAAUGAUACUCCGAGAUAUCCUUCUAAACGGCCGGCGCACGGCGCGUCGUGUCUGAACCGCGACGCCGAUCCCGCCGCGCCGCGUCCGGUUCGCGUCGAGCGGCAACAUUGGUAUUGAUGCGAUAACAGUGGCGAUAGGUAGCGAUCAUAGACUUGUAUAAUAGACUGCGCCAUCCCCGUGGACGCGCUGUCCCAGACAUUACAGUGCAGACACAUCAAAAGAGUCAAGCCCUGGCUCUUUCUCUCUCUCUCUCUCCCCCCCCUCUCUCUCUCUCUCUCUCUCUCUCUCUCUCUCUCUCUCUCUCUCUCUCUCUCUCUCUCGCUCUCUCGCUCGCUCAGCGUUAGGAGUGGGGAGGAAGCGAGCAAGUUAGACAGAGACACAUUGACUCGGCACUCCCGCUCUUUUUAUAUCUCGCGACCGACGCCUCCUGCGGAUAGCGCAGUCUAGUACACGAGUCUAUGAUCGCGAUAAGUAUCUUACUUUCGGGGCGUAUCGAGGAAGCGGAAAAGGUAAAGGUCUCCGAGCGCGGGACGAGUACCGUGCGAAGUCGGCGGCGCGACGCGGCGCGUCGCGCUCGAACGACACUUCACGCGACAGCCGCCAUCUCGCGUCGCCGGAUCUCUCGCCGCUCCGCUCAGCGUCGAGAUCACUCCGCGCGUUUCACCGCGGUUUUACCCGUAAAGAGCGACUUGCAGGUAAAAAGGACGCGCGUGAGUUUCGGGGAUCGCGGCUCCGACGCGGCGGACCGGUGAGUAGCCGCCGUUUCGUUCAGCGUCGCGACGACACUCGGCGCGACGCGGCAGCGCAGCCCCGAGCUGCGCGAGACGACGCGCGUCGCGUUAAUAUCAAGCGGCGACGCGACGUUUAGUGCAACGAGUUGCGGGACAGCAUCUUAUUUCGCGUCGUAUGUAUCUGAGGGGCGAGCUACAAACGACGAAGGUGUCCGAGCGCGCGCGAAUGCGGCGAGUGAAGUUGGCGGCGCGUCCCGUCCCGUCCCGUCGAGUCGCGCGCGCGACGGCCAUUAUUGCGCCGCGAAUUCCAGAGCCGCGCGCCGAAAAUCCGCACGUUCUCUCGUGACUUUUACUCGUAGUAAGUGACUCGAAAGCGUAAACGAACGGCGAUAGGGGAUUGGAAACGUCGACCGCAAUUGCGAUUGCGGCACGCCGGAUUACGGCGAGUGGGCCGGUGCCUUUUUUUUUUAACGGUAACGAUACCCGGGGAAUGGGAAUGUCCGGGCAAGCGGGAUGUAUAAAGUGUUAUAUCUAAGUUGUUAUUUAUAUAUAUAUUUUUUUAUGCUGCGUUGCGUUGCACUGAUAUGGAAUGACAAUGUACCAGUAUUAAUAUAACAAUAUACAUGUAUAGUUUAUGCAGCAAUGUGUGUCCAGUUUCAAUCUUAUUUUCGUUUUCAGAGUCUACGCGAUAGAGAUUGCCGGCUGGUGUCGAGGGGAAAAAUUGACGA